AUGCCAAACGUCGCUUCAGAUCUGAUCCCCACCAAGGCCGGCCACCUCCCCGGAAUCCUCACUUUCCUCAAGUCCGGUAACCAGGUUACCUUGACCGACAUCCGGACCAUGUUCGACCAAGUCCACCCUGGCAGCGCCGCGGACCACUUCGAGCCCUUCGAAGGCGGUUACAAGCUCGCUCCUCGUUCGGGCUUCGUUAAUCUCAUCGGCCAUCUCAGGGACGAAUGGCCAGAGUUCUGGAUCCAGAUGCGCGAACAGCCCAUCCCGGAGAACUUGAGCAACAUGCAAGGACCUCCCGUUCAGUAG